UGACCACUGCCAACAGCGAUGAUGAUGAUGAGGCAAACUGUGAAGCAAGUGUGCGCACGGCUGCAGGCAUCGCUUGGCGUCGACAUUCACGCAGAGCACCUGCGCGCAGCCAAGUACAACCGCCCAGACAGCGCCGCUGUGCUAUGGCUGAGCUUACAUGCAGCCAUGUGUCAAGUGGAGGGCGCCCCUGCUCCGCACUUGGAAUCCAUCUCUGACGACGGGAGGCUGGUGGUCAUGGGCUGGCUGUAUGAUCAAGGGGAGCUGUUGCUGGCGCUUGCCUGGCUGCUUUCAAAGCACGAGGCGCUACUGUUCCAUGACUUGACAAAGGCGAAGGCCACCUUGUACCGGUACCUGGUAAAACUUCCCUUGACGACGUCUGCAUUUGAUUGGCAGUCACGCGUCGGCCUCCAGCGUGGGAGCGCGUUGCAGCGGCUUGGAGACGACUUGCACAAGUACCACACAAGACAACAGCCAGCUACACAGGACGUGCGUAUUGAGCAAGCGACGCUUGGGGAGCUACGUGCGCUGACAGCAAGCGUGCACCGGCUACGCAGGGCGCUAGUGGAGAACGCAUCGCUUGCAGCACAUGUCGAGGCGUGUAAGUCGCGACCGGACACGCGCGGCAGCUAUGCGCGGGUGCCGUGCUCAACUGCGGAUAUGAAGCGCCUCGUCAUCGCCAUCCAGGACGUCAACCGGCAGUUGGAGGCCGCCGUUUCAUUUGUGUCACACCUGCCCGCGUGGUGGGAAUGGUGCGCCAGCAUUGUGGCGCUGCAGCAGGAGGAAGACCUUCAAGCAGGCGGUAUCCAAGCACUGGUCAUGACGCAAUCACCCGCGUCAGAACAGCCACGUGGCGGUGGCAGCGGUGGUGGUAGUGGUGGCAACGACAGUAGUAGUCGCGGAGGUGCGCUGGGGUUGCUGGGGCUGCGGCGUGCGCUGCGUGCUGUUCACUUGAACCUCCAACACGCCGACGGGGCAGCAGAAGGGCUGGGGUCGUGUAAGCGAGAGUUUGUCCAGGUGUAG